CUGUCAUCAGCUUUUUGUACUUAUUUUGUAGGUCAUAUUGCCCGAAAGAUAUAUGCUGCUAAAAGGGAGACAGCAGCGGCUAUCUCCAUUCAGAAAUAUAUUCGGAUGUGGCUUACAAGGCAUGCUCACUUAAAACUGUAUUUUUCUGCUAUUAUCAUGCAAUCUCAUGUUCGAGGUUUUGUGACUCGCCAAAGAUUCUUACAUGCAAAAGAACAUAGCGCUGCUACUUUUGUUCAGGCCUAUUGGAGGAUGUCCAAGGUUAGGUCAUCUUUCCUACGCUAUCAAACUUCAGUUGUGGCAAUACAAUGCCUUUGGCGGUGCAGACAAGCAAAAAGAGAGUUACGGAGACUUAAACAAGAGGCAAAUGAAGCUGGUGCUCUUCGAUUAGCAAAGAAUAAACUGGAGAAGCAAAUGGAAGAUCUCUCAUGGCGUUUACAUCUUGAAAAGAAAAUAAGGGUUUCCAAUGAAGAGGCUAAAAAAAUAGAGAUUUCCAAACUUCAAAAGAUGUUAGAAGCUUUGAAUCUUGAAUUGGAUGCUGCUAAAUUGGCAAAAAUUAACGAGUGCAACAAGAAUGCUGUUCUGCAAAAUCAAUUAGAAUUAUCAGUAAAGGAAAAGUCCGCUUUGAAACGGGAGCUAGUAGCGGUGGAUGAAUUGCGAAAGGAAAAUGCUUUAUUAAAGGUUUCAUUGGAUGCAUUUGAAAGGAAGUACAAGACCUUAGAGCUUGAGCUUAUGAAUGCUCAAAAAGGCCGGGAUGAAACCAUGGAGAAACUGAGGGAGUUUGAACAGAAGUGUUCUCAACUCGAGCAAAAUGAAGAAAGGCUUGAGGAAAAGUUAAAGAGUUUAGAGAAUGAAAAUCAUGUGCUUCGUCAGAAAGCAUUAAGUACCCCUUUUAAGAGUAACCGUCCAGGUUUUGCGAAGUCAGUGUCAGAAAAAUACUCUACUGCAAUUACCUCUCACACUGAUCGAAAGACCAUAUUUGAGUCACCCACGCCCACAAAACUUAUUGCCCCUUUUACAGUAGGCUUGUCAGACUCUCGUCGAUCUAAGUUAACAGCAGAGAAGCACCAGGCCUAUUGGAGGAUGUCCAAGGUUAGGUCAUCUUUCCUACGCUAUCAAACUUCAGUUGUGGCAAUACAAUGCCUUUGGCGGUGCAGACAAGCAAAAAGAGAGUUACGGAGACUUAAACAAGAGGCAAAUGAAGCUGGUGCUCUUCGAUUAGCAAAGAAUAAACUGGAGAAGCAAAUGGAAGAUCUCUCAUGGCGUUUACAUCUUGAAAAGAAAAUAAGGGUUUCCAAUGAAGAGGCUAAAAAAAUAGAGAUUUCCAAACUUCAAAAGAUGUUAGAAGCUUUGAAUCUUGAAUUGGAUGCUGCUAAAUUGGCAAAAAUUAACGAGUGCAACAAGAAUGCUGUUCUGCAAAAUCAAUUAGAAUUAUCAGUAAAGGAAAAGUCCGCUUUGAAACGGGAGCUAGUAGCGGUGGAUGAAUUGCGAAAGGAAAAUGCUUUAUUAAAGGUUUCAUUGGAUGCAUUUGAAAGGAAGUACAAGACCUUAGAGCUUGAGCUUAUGAAUGCUCAAAAAGGCCGGGAUGAAACCAUGGAGAAACUGAGGGAGUUUGAACAGAAGUGUUCUCAACUCGAGCAAAAUGAAGAAAGGCUUGAGGAAAAGUUAAAGAGUUUAGAGAAUGAAAAUCAUGUGCUUCGUCAGAAAGCAUUAAGUACCCCUUUUAAGAGUAACCGUCCAGGUUUUGCGAAGUCAGUGUCAGAAAAAUACUCUACUGCAAUUACCUCUCACACUGAUCGAAAGACCAUAUUUGAGUCACCCACGCCCACAAAACUUAUUGCCCCUUUUACAGUAGGCUUGUCAGACUCUCGUCGAUCUAAGUUAACAGCAGAGAAGCACCAGGAUAACUAUGAAUUCCUCUCCAAGUGUAUAAAAGAAAAUUUGGGAUUUAAAAAUGGUAAACCUAUUGCUGCUCGUAUUAUAUAUAAAUGUCUGCUUCAUUGGCAUUCAUUUGAAAAUGAGCGCACAGCGAUUUUUGAUUCCAUCAUCGAAGGCAUAAAUGAGGUUCUAAAGGAUAGGGAGGAUGACAUUAUCCUGCCAUAUUGGCUGUCCAAUACCUCUGCGCUUCUAUGCCUUUUACAAAGGAACUUACGGUCAAAUGGUUUUUUAACUGCCACUGCUCAGCGUUAUCCUGGAUCUUCUGGUUUAACCAGCCGGACAGGACAUGGACCAAAAUCUCCGUUGCAAUUUAUAGGGUAUGAUGAUGGUGUAUCACAUGUGGAGGCAAGAUAUCCUGCUAUACUUUUUAAACAACAGCUAACUGCUUGUGUAGAGAAGAUUUUUGGUCUGUUGCGUGACAAUUUGAAAAAAGAACUUUCUCCACUUCUGGGAUCAUGUAUUCAGUCACCCAAAACAGGACGAGGAGUGCAAGGGGCAAAAUCGUCUAGAUCUCCUGGUGGGAUUCCCCAACCAUCAUCUGGUGGUCAAUGGGAUAACAUUGUCAAAUUUUUGGAUUCUCUCAUGAGCAAACUUCGUGGAAAUCAUGUCCCAUCCUUCUUCAUCCGUAAACUAGUUACCCAAGUGUUUUCCUUCAUCAAUAUUACACUCUUCAACAGUCUUCUCUUGCGUCGGGAAUGUUGCACUUUCUCAAAUGGUGAAUAUGUGAAGUCUGGUCUAGCAGAACUGGAGAAAUGGAUAGUUAAUGCAAAGGAAGAGUAUGCAGGGACAUCCUGGCACGAGCUCAAUUACAUACGACAAGCUGUUGGGUUCUUGGUUAUACAUCAGAAAAGAAAGAAAUCUUUGGAAGAGAUUCGGCAAGAUCUUUGUCCGGCAUUGACAGUGAGGCAAAUCUAUCGAAUCAGUACAAUGUACUGGGAUGACAAGUAUGGAACCCAAAGUGUGUCCAAUGAGGUGGUUAGUGUAAUGAGAGAAAUUGUCAGCAAGGACAAUCAGAACCUGACAUCAAAUUCUUUCUUAUUGGAUGACGAUCUGAGCAUUCCUUUCUCUGCUGAAGACAUAGAUAUGGCUAUCCCUGCCAUAGAUCUUGAUGAGAUUCAUCUUCCAGAAUUUGUGUCCGAAUAUUCCUGUGCUCAGUUUCUUAUUUCACAUCAGAAGUAAGUGGUUUACGAUUUCCUGAUCGCAACAACUGACUGUGGUUGACAGUUUGGUUCAAUAUUUCGUCUCUGGAUAUUGAUGAGAAUGCUAAUACGGUAUCUACAUUGGAAACACAAGUUUCUCUCACGUUCCAGUGUGCGCUUGCUGUAUAUGAUGCCACAGAUAGAUGAGUGAUUAUCUUGGUUGAUUGUAAUCUCCCCCUCUAAAUUACAUACUUCAACCAACGUUUUGUAAUUACCCGUAGUAUAUAGAUGACAUUGCAAGCCUGAUACUCUGCCUCUAUUAUUUUGGCUCCCACCUACUUAGUUAUAUUUAUUAUUGAUUUGAUGUUCUAUUUUAUGUAGGUAUGCAAUUGUAACUAGGCUAUGGCCAAAAUUAAAUUUCAUUCAUUCAUGUAAAUAUUAACACCAUUUAAUGUUGCCCAUUCGAGUUCUAAAUUUAGUUU